AUGGUCGGAAAAGAUGAAGUGUUUACGGACAAUUCAAAAAGUUUUAACACUGGUUUACAAAUUGCUGCAGCACAGUACCUGAGCACACAAGCAGGAACACCAUCAGGGCCCGUUCACUUGAGAACCAGGGAGGCCUAUCAGACAUCAAAAAACCAGUACAAGGAAACUUAUAAAAAAACUAUACUUGCCUAUAAAACUAUUCAAAAUUAUUUUGGAAUAUCUGUACCUAUUUCUAAAAUUGAUGUGGUUAUCAUACCUGAGCUACCAAUAGUGCGUCCCGUGGAUAAUUGGGGUUUGUUGUUGUUUAGAGAAAGCGUUAUUAUACAAAAUCGUUAUUAUGACAUAGCUCAGGAGCUUAUAUAUCAAUGGCUUGGUUCGUGGGUGACUCCUGAAUGGUGGACUGACGCUCAUCUUAAUAAAGCGCUGGCAAGUUUUUUGGCAUCAGAAACUGUUAUAAAGUUAGAUGGAGGAGUCGAGUUUAAUGGCAAAUAUCCAAUGACUACCCUUUAUUCGUUAUACUAUGAAUUCAGUAAAAGAUAUCCACAUUCACGUAUUACUGCAAUGAAGCAAGAGACAAUUUCUUACAAAACUGAGCUUGUUAUACGCAUGCUUAACUUUACCUUGGGUAAAGACACGUUUCAAAAAGGAUUAAAAAAGUUUAUUGAAGAUUAUCAGUAUAAAACAUUUGUUGGAGAUGAUCUUUGGAGUGUGUUAACGUCGCAGGCGCUAAAGGAUGGAACGCUAAAAAGCCAAUACAGACUAACUGAUAUUGUCGGUACAUGGCUUGCAAAUCAUCGCCUACCAGUCAUUACUGUCCACCGGGAUUAUGAAACUAGUACUGCGACUAUAAAACAAAAAGUGUAUCUCAGAGAAAGACCACAUGAUGUACCAGAGCAAGACAAAAUGCUUUGGUGGAUUCCAAUUAUUAUUAAUCGACAAGAUGCCCUUAAUUUCUCUAAUAGCAGUCCUUAUGUGUGGAUGGAAAAGUCUCAGCAAAUAAAUAUUAAUAAUAUGCCAGGAAAUGAUAAAUUUAUUAUUAUAAACCAAGAAGAAAUAGGUCCAUUUCCUGUUAAUUACGACGAAGAAAAUUGGAAAAUGCUCUCAACAUUUUUGCAAACUGAAGUUGGACGCACCGUAGUACCAACAUAUACGAGGUAA